CAUCUCUAAGCCAAAUAUCAUAGAUUAGUCAUUGUUGGUUGCAGUUUACGGGAGCAGUCAGAAGAGGCAGAUAAAGUGAACAGUGGUCGGAUGUUGAAGAUUGAGGAGAUGAAACUACGGGCCACGCUCUUCCUGUUGCUGCAGCUCAUUUUUGAGCUCUCAUCAUGCACACAUCUACGGGUGAUACCUGGUUCCACUCUGGAGCUGCCAUGUCUCUCGUUCCAAACCGACUUCGAUGAAACCUCCAUCACCUGGAAAUUCAAUGGUGAAGAUAUAGAUGCGCAAUCUCAGUCUGGCUCGGUUAGAGUUAAAAAGGAUGGCUCGUAUCUCUCUAUUUCCCCCGUAACUGCUGCCAACGAGGGCGGCUAUGCGUGCUUGGUGAAGAGCAACAAGAUCGAGUUGAUAAGGAUAUACAACAUCACAGUUGAUGCAUCAAUUGGCUACACCAUUAAGGUAGAAGAAGGCUCAACUGUGCACCUCCCCUGUCAUUUUCCGCGUGACAGCCCAGUCCUGGCCAAUGCACUCUGGUUCAAAGAGACAGAUGGUGGCAAGAGGACAAAGCUGAAUCUUGAAGAUGAUUCAGCAGGUGAUGACAAGAGACUGGAUCUGCUUUAUCCAUUUGACUAUGAUCAGACCAUGGUACUCAAAGACACCACGAUGGAGGAUACUGGAAUUUACUACUGUGAAUCUGCAGAUGGGGAGAAGCUCAGCACUGUAUACAUUAUUGUUGAAGUUGGUCCUACUACUACUCCUUACUCGUGCACAAGAUUCCCCACAGCAUGGGAGCCAUGCCAGGACGAAAACAGUCGCACAGGGGAACCCAUUUUGCAGGAGUCCAUGGCAGAGUUUUCAAUGAACCUCUACUCUUACAUCAGAGAGUCAUAUCCCUCGAGCAACGUUCUCUUUUCUCCUAUCAGCAUCAGUGGAUUGCUCUCCCAUUUGUUGCUUGGUGCAAGGGAUCACACCCGCAAAGCCAUUGAGAGGGCAGUCUGUGUUCCUCACGACUUCCACUGUGUUCACUUCCAGAUGAAGAAGCUGAGAGAGAAGCUGGCCAGCUCCUUGCAGAUGGCUUCUCAGAUCUACUAUAGCCCACAAAUGAAUCUCAGUGAGUCCUUUAUUAACCAGUCCAUUGAAUUCUACGAAGUGGAGCCCACCAGGCUGCUGGAAAACAGCACAGAAAACACACAGAUGAUCAACACCUGGGUGGCAAAUAAAACCAAAAAUAAAAUCAGGCACCUGGUUGACUUCGUUUCACCCAGUACACAGCUGAUGCUGCUCAACGCUGUCUCCUAUAGCGGUCAAUGGAUGGUCAAGUUUGAGCCGAAACCAAAGAAGGGUAUGUUCACAAAACUGAAUGGUGAUAUGGUAAAGGUGCCUCUCCUCCAUCACCAGAAAUACAUGGCGGCUAUGGCGUAUGUGGUUGAGCUAAAGGCACAGGUGGCGAGGUUUGCUCUCUCGGGUGACAGCAGUCUUUACAUCCUGCUGCCUCGCUCCAACAAAGUGACUGACCUGCAGCAGGUGGAGGAGAGGAUGACGGACACAGCUGUGCUUCAAAUGAUAGAACACAUGAGAACCAUACCUCCUCAGCAUAUCGAGGUUACCCUGCCCCAAAUCAAGCUGGAUGCCCAGCCAGACAUGAACUUACUUAUCAAGAAAUUAGGACUGGCGUCCCUCUUUGAGGAUGCCAACCUGUGUGGCCUCUACACUGAAGAGAGGGUGGUUCUGGACGAUGCCAGACACAGAGCCUUCCUGACACUGAAUGAACAAGGAGUAGAAGCCGGCAGCGUCACCUCUGUAUCGUUCUCUCGCUCCUUCCCUGCCUUUACUGCCUUGCGUCCUUUCAUCUUGCUGCUGUGGAGCGACCAGGCCAAGGUGCCAUUGUUUAUUGGCAGAGUCACUGACCCCUGAACAAGAGAAAAGGUUGGGGCAGACACAAAAAGAAGGAGGAGGUGGAAAUGUAACAGAGGCACAUGAGCAGAAAAGAAACAAAGAUGCCUGAUAUAGUUGAAAUAUAAGUAAUCUAAUUAUGUCAGUAUGCUUUUUUUCCCCCAAAAUUCAGUUGAUUUUUCAAAACUAGAUAUAAAAAUACAAAUUCAGUAUCAGUGUUGCUUCAUGUAGUCACUAAAAUGAGCUUUACAAAAACAUAUACACAGGUUUGGAUGUGGAAUGUUUUCAGAGAUGAUAAAUAAACACAUACUCACA